AUGAAAGGAAGAGUACGAAUAACAACAAAAACUAUUCAUAUGUUCCAAAUGAAACCAGUCAAAUUGAACGCAUCAUCAUCGUCAUCGUAUAAAAAAUCCUCUGCAGAUGUAUCACGCGAUUGGAGUGAUCAUGCUUUGUGGUGGCCUGAGAAACGAAAAUGGCUAACGCACACUCGUAGCACACUCGAUCAGAUGGGCAUCACUGCAGACAGCCAACUUGAAUUCACACCUCAGCAUAAAAUAGCGAGGUGA